UCCUAUAUACUGUAUAUUUCAUACACUGCAUUAUGGUGUGUGUAUUAUUUAAUGAUUGGUUGGUUUAACAAUUACUCACCCUUGUCCCUAGUCUAUACGUCUCUUCUUUAUUUUAUAAUUAUACCGCUUUGAAUUCCAUGAUGACAAAUCCCUUUUAAGUCUUGGCCCAGCACUUGACUCUUCUGCGCACUGUCACUUUCUUGGUAGCUAUCUAAAACCCCAAGCCUUAUUGAAACCAAAUCUCAAUUUUCUUCUGCUUCAAUUUUUUUAUUAUUAUAACCAUUUACAUUCCCACCACCGCUCAAAUGGAUGGCUCCGCCUCCUCCAUCUGCCACGUGGUGGCCAUGCCGUAUCCCGGCCGAGGCCACGUCAACCCGAUGAUGAACCUCUGCAAGCAGCUGGUUUCCCGGUCCCACCGUAUUCUCGUCACCUUUGUCGUCACCGAAGAGUGGAGCGGCUUCAUCGACUCCGAGCCAAGGCCCCACAACAUCCGCUUGGGCACACUUCCGAACGUCAUACCUUCCGAGCACGAUCGUGCCAACGACUUUCCUGGCUUCGUGGAGGCUGUCGCGACGAAAUUGGAAGCUCCGUUCGAGCGGCUUUUGGAUCGGCUUGAACCGCCGGUGAGCGCCAUCAUAGCUGAUAACUAUGUGGUUUGGGCAGGUGGUGUAGGGAAUCGAAGGAAUAUUCCGGUGGCUUUGCUCUGGACUAUGUCGGCUUCAGUAUUUUCGGUGCUACAUCAUUUUGAACUGCUCGUACAAAAUGGCCAUUUUCCUCUGGAACUGUCCGAACGAGGACAAGAGGUGAUCGAGUACAUACCUGGAAUAUCAAGGACGCGAAUAGUAGAUCUCCCUACAAUGUUCCAUGGUAACGGUCGAAAAACCUUGGGCAGAGCUUUGGAAGCUGCUAAUGGAGUGUCAAAAGCGAAAUACCUUCUCUUCACUUCUGCCUGCGAGCUUGAAUCUCAGGUCAUUGACGCAUUGAAAGCCAAAAUUUCUACCCCUGUCUAUCCUGUUGGACCAAGCAUACCUUAUUUCCUGCUUGAAAAUGAAAAUACUUCUUUAGGUGGUCAUGAUCGCCCUAAACCCAAGUAUCUUCAAUGGCUAGAUUCUCAACCUGAAAGAUCUGUCCUUUACAUCUCAAUGGGUAGUUUUCUUUCGGUCUCAAAUGCCCAAUUGGAUGAAAUUGUUUGUGGUGUACAAAAUAGUGGUGUAAGGUACUUGUGGGUGGUACGUGAGGAUACCUCUGUGUUCAAAGAUGGGUUUGGUGGUGAUAUUGGGUUGGUUGUGCCUUGGUGUGACCAAUUGAGGGUAUUGUGUCAUCCUUCUAUUGGUGGGUUUUGGACACAUUGUGGGUGGAAUUCCACUUUGGAAGCUGUUUUUGCUGGGGUUCCAAUGCUAACUUGUCCAAUAUUUUACGAUCAAAUACCAAACAGAAAGCGAAUUGUUGAAGAUUGGAAGAUUGGAUAUGAUGUUAAGAAAGAGAAUGAGGGUUUGGUGACCAGAGAUGAGAUUUCAGAGCUUGUGCAGAGAGUUAUGGAUCCAGAAUGCAAGGAAGGGAAAGAGAUGAGAAAAAGAGCAAAAGAGCUUCAAGAAGCUUGUCAUGGAGCAAUUGCUAAAGGUGGGUCAUCGGACGAGAACCUUGAUGCUUUCAUUAGGGAUAUUUUGCAAGGGAAUUGCCGUUAAAAAAGCUAAUUCUUUGAUGCUAUUUUAUCCAAGUUUUCUUUUUCAUUUUGGGUUUUAACCUUCUGAUUGUCAAGGAAGUCCUGCAAAAUAAAUUUGGUUCUUAUCAAAUAA